AAUAUUAUUACAUUAGUUAGUUAUUUAGUAGUAGUAAUAGUAGGUAAUCUAUUAUUUUAGGUAUGUGAAAUAAAGAUGAGCAAUGUUUUCAUCAGAUGUCACCAAGCUUGUUUACUUUAGCUUGAGAAUUUAGAAGCGUCUUGUUUAAGUUUUUUGGUAAAAUUAUAGAGAUUCAGGGGAAACAACUCUAAUUUACAGAUAGCCGCUGUUUAUAUAGCAAAUCUUGCUCUCAAGCACUGCAGUUUUAAGUUAAUUUCUGGCCUAAUAAUAUAAAAGCCAUCAGGUAGUGUGUCAGUCAUUCCAGCAUCAGUAUACCCACUUUGUCAUCGUCAUCAGGGUGGUAUUUCUUGCAUUGGGAGGGCUCUACCUUUGGGCACGGAUGGUCAGGAAGACAUGUUGGUCAUCAUGCAUGGGAAGCCCGCUAACAACAUGGGGAGAAGCUAAAUCUGGGCAGACGCCUCAUAAAAAUGAGAUCCAAUGGACAGUAACCAUUUUGACACCCUAGCUGAAUCAAGCUUGGAUAACGAAACCGAGUCAAGUGUUUCAUUCUUUAUCAAAGAUUCACUGCAGGACAACUUAGAUUCUAUACCUUGCUGGGAUUUAAAAUCAGGACUUCCUGCUCUGAAUGAGCUUCAGCUUGAUGAUGUUGAGGCAUCCCGAUUUGUAAUAGGUUCUGAAGCAAAAUCAAAUAUGGCUGAUUGUCCUGGAAAGCAACGGCUUCAUCUGCUUGCAUCCACAAGUGACAGUGAUGAGCAUAAAGCACCGUUAGUUUUUGAUACUGUCAGUGAUGCCAGCCCUGUAACAUCAAGUACUGAGAGCGAGAAAAAUGUAACCGUUGUUGAGCGAAAACGUAUGACAAAAUCUAAAGCUGAAGACACACCUAAGAAUGACCCAGAAAAUGUUAAAAGUUUCUCUCCUAUGGUUAUACCUGACUCCCCAACUUUUGAAGAGACAGAAAAAAGUCAAGAAUGUAUUGUAGGGUCUUACAAUCUCAAAGAGACAGCUGAAAAUCCCAUUCUGCAGUCUGAAAUGUAUACUUCAUCUUAUACUAACUCAAGUUUAAGAGAGUCUCAGAAUCUUCAUUUAAAGUUUACCCAAUCUGAAGCCGAUGAAACAGAACAUCCAGAUCCUGAUACAAAUUAUGAUGAAGUGGUAACCAAGUCGAACACAACAUUAGUUAAAACUGUGACUUCACCACUGAAACUUGGUGCUUACAGUGUGCUUCCAGCAACAGUUACAUCUAGUCAGAAGCCAUCUUUUCAAUUACAAAAGCCUCAGUUUCCUCUUGAUGAUUUUGAGAUGAUCGAGGAAAGUGAAGGAAGUCCUAGUGUCUUUAAAAGAGUGCAAUCUGGACACACCACACCUCAAAAAUCUUGGAAAAUUAGAGAUGAUAGUGAUGAAUUUAUGCCUUUAACUUCAGUAAAAAGAAAGAUUGCUUCUGGAGGAUCAUCAAAAAAAUCAACCAAAGAGGUGAAACAAUCACCAUUUAGUGAUGAUUUUGAUUUCAAUAACCCCACUACUUCAAAAAAGUCACCUGGGAGGAAAGCAUGCCUUUUAUUUGAAAAGGUUUCUACCCCAGCCAAAUCUAAAGAAUGUCGUAUAGAAAGAACUGAAGCAAAGCUACAGCUACCUAGCAAAAAUGUAACAUUUGUAGAUUCUAGAGUGAAGCACCACCACUCCAAAACUGGGAUAUCUAAAAAAGCUAAUCCAGCUUUAUUGGACUCAACCACUGAUGUCAUUGUUGUAGAAGAUUUGGAAUCCAGUUUAUCAUCUGUUGAGUCAACUCAGUCCUAUGACUUUUUAGGUCAAACUACAAAGAGUGAUCUCCUUUGUAAAGUUGCAGAUGAUGUUUCUAGUACAGAAAUAAAUGUAGAGAAACAGGGAGUAAGCAGUUCUGAUGACUUUAUUAAUCCAUCUCAAAAACGGAUGACAACUCAUGUGAUGUCAAACUUAGAGGAAGACUUUUUUCCUAUUGAGCUGUCCAGCUCUUUGGAAGGGGAAAAAAAUCAAAAGAAGCCUCAAUCUACAGAGAAGUCUUUUUUUGCAAAACGGUUAAGAAAUUAUCAGACAAAUAAAGAAAAAAGUGAUUCUCAGCAUGAAUCAUUAGCAAUAACUAAUACUGCAUUUAGUGAACAAGCAAAUACAUCUAAAAAGUGUUUACCAGAUUGUGAAGAAGGAAAUGAUGCACAUGAUAAAUCAAUUAGUCCAGUACAUAAUAAUGAGAGUCUAAUCACAAAAGAAUUACUACCUCAGCCUAACCAAAACAGCAAUGUAACUUCAAGUACAAAGAAGAGUGUCGCUGACCCUUAUGCUUUUGAAAACACACCUUCUUUAAACAAUGAAGGAGCUGUUUUGAGAUCUAGUGUUGGUAAAUCUAUCAGUUCCAAAUCUCCCAAAAGACGCUCAAUAAAACUUGUGAGAAGAGUGUUCAAGAAAAGGAUUCCUUUAAAAAAGCAAGAGAGCAAGUCUUCAUCAACAGAUGAUAGUGCUGUGAUAGGAAGAAAAACUCGUCAAAAGCUUCAUCAUCAAGCACCUGAGAAAUCUAACAAAAGAGUUAAAAAACAAACUUCUCAGUGCACAAAAGAAAAGAAACAAUCAACAGAAAUAGCUGAGCCUUUGUUGGUGGCCAGCAGUGAAGCUGGACCUUCAGGCUACACACUUCUUCAUAAUAAGUCUGAAUUUAACAUUCCAUCAAAUCCACCUCAGCUCAAAACAGGUGCAAGCUCAAGUAAAGAUUUGAAUGAUCAACAAACUGAAACUCAACACCUUAGACAAGCUGCUACUGAAGACUUGGUAAACAAACAAGCUGUACUUAAUAAAGAGACCUCUGAGAGUAAUUUUUAUGAAAUAGUAACAGUCAAGAAAACUGUCUGCCUGAAAGCCAUUUACAAGGAAAAAACUAUUGUAGAAGUUUUUACUCCAGAUGGAAAACUUCAUAGUCGGUUAGAAAAACCAGAAAUCAUCACAAGAGAAAAAGACCUUGAGCCACUAGACCAAGAAGAAAUAAGUUCAAAGCACAUAAUUCCAUGCCCAAUGUCACCAUCAAGAUCUACUAGCACUGUGACCACAGGUGACCUUGCUGAUGUCAGCUCAUCCUCAUUAGGUCGGACCAGUAGCACAGGGUCAAAAAUAAGCAAUCCUAGUUUGGACAUUAUCCCUUGUGGUCAGAGCCUGCUGUCAGUAUCCCACUUACAAAACUCUUUAGAAGUCCCAGAUCACAAUAAAAUGGUUGUCGACCAAGCCAUGAGGGAACUACCACUGAUCCAGAAUGCAUCCAAGGAUCAACAAAAGCGACACAGUGCUGGUUCAAGUUCUGGCCAGGACCUGUUCAGCACACCCAACCAGUCAAUAAUUGACCGUGCCGAUAGCCAACUUGGCAAGAUUGUCUCCAGUUCACACAGUACUCCUUGCAGUCACCUGCUAGAAAGUCCUAAUAUUGAAGGACACUGUGUUAGCAAGGAUAUUAUUAAACCACCUGUAACCACCACUUCUCAGUUACAAAAAGAUAAAAGCCUAAAUGAUUUUCACAAGACCCCACCGCCACAAUCUUCUUCUGGAAUAAGUAAACCAGUGGAGUCCGUUAAGCAGACAAAUAAUGAAAAUCCUCUCUGUACCACCCCUCCAAUUCAGAGCAGCAGGCAUUUUUUAGCUAGGAAAAAAGAUUCCUCAAAAAAGAUUCCAGAAAAGAAUAGUGCAGUAAUUGACAAGCCACAAGGAGCAGAGAACUCUGCUAAGACUCUGGAAGAAAGAUUAGAAUCAGCAGAUACUCAGAGCACUGGGUUCAGUGUUCACUGUAUGCCAGCAUCUGCAGCUAGUGGUGAUUCCAACAAGGGUGCUACAGCAGUUGAUACAUCACUGAAGUCAAGCAAUGGUGUCAGUCCUGAAAUAUCGCUGCAAGGUGCAAAAAUAGUAGAGUCACAGAGAUUAGAUUUAACAGAAUAUAAAAGUAAAGUGGAAAUAGGUGCCAAGGUUAUGGGAAAGUGGAAAGAUGGAUUUUAUUAUCCAGGAAUUUUACAUAAAGUUGACAGAUGCAAACAAAAGUUUGUGGUAAAGUUUGAUGAUGGCUCACAGAGUGUUGCCAAGCCACAGGACAUAAUUUUGGCCAGUGAUCUUCCAGUUGGGCAGAGUGUAAUGGUUAUGACAGAUGAAGGCUUCUAUGAACCUGGUAUGGUAAUGGGACACAGUGAGGCGGAGGCUCCACAAACUUUAUUCUAUCAUGUAGCAAGAGACGAUGGUGUCACACAAAAAUGCAGCCGGGCCAAGCUCAUUUUAAGUGAGGACCAAGCUGCCUGCUUGCUUAGUGAUGAUGAGCUUAGAGUUUCACUUGAUACUGUUAUUCCAUUUACCAGCAAACCAGGAGAAGUUUCCUUAGAUAAUUUAGUUGAAGGCAAGAGACAACAUAGAUCUACCAGGAUGACACCUGCUAAAGAAGCCUCUACAUCUGGUUUACAGCCGUCUGCUGAGAAGCCGAGUGCUGUCGUGACUCCAAAUGUUGAAAUGACUCGUAGCGGGAGAAAAAGAAAAAUGGGCCCUCAAGCAACAAGCACACCUGCAUGUAAAAAAAACUGCACUACAGUAAAGAAAUCAAACAAGUCGUUAAAUAAAUCACUGCCAGAGAAACCAAAAACCCCACGAAAAACUCAAACAGACCUCUUUGGCAAGAGCAAUCCUACCCAAAGCAAGCUGUUCAGUGGAAUGAGUUUUGUACUUACACACAAAGAAAAGUCAGCCCAACAUAAGGAAGAAGAAAAGCGGUUGUUGAAUGACUCAUCUUUAGAAAUCUCAGCUGAAGAAAGUACUGACAUUGAAACUCAGAUUCCUGAAUUUGAAAAAGAAAAUAUUAAGGCAAUUAUAGAGAAAGGAGGAGGAACUGUGCUUGAAACAUUUGAUGAAAACACUCCCAAAGAAAACUUGUAUUUAGUGGCAGCUGAACAUCAAAGAACGGUAAAAUACUUAAAAGCUUUGGCAGCAGGAAUCACCGUAGUCUCACACCAGUGGGUCUUGUUUUCCUUUGAUCAGAGCAGACUACAAGCCCUGAAAGCUUACAUUCUCCCAGCUGGUAUCAGUCUUGAAAAGAAAAAGUUAAUGGAAAGACACAAAGGUUGCUGCCCAUUAGAAAACCUUACUGUAAUGGUUGUGUCAGAAAACCAAGACUUUACUGAAGCUUGGAGCUCUAUACUCACUAUGGCAAAGAGCAAAUUGGUUACCAAAUUUCCCUCUGAUGUUAAAUAUAACUCAAGCAUUGAUGUAGUUGUUUCUGAUGCAACUUGUCCCACAAAUGUGGUUAAAAAGUGUCAGAAUCUUAAUGUGCCUCUAGUUUCAUCAGAAUGGGUGGCGCAGUCUAUUAUUAAUGGCCAUCUUGUAGACUAUUUAGGGCAUGAAAAAUACAAAUAUAAUUUAAUUUAAUACAAUUGGAAUAACCAUUUUGAAAACAUGUUGAAUGCUAUCUAUAUGAUAGAUUAACUCCAUUUCCUGUUUUUAGUUUAUGUUGGAUUUUUUCUACAUAAUUAAAGCUUACUCUAAAUUUUAUUUCUGAGGUUGUUUUAAAAUUGUUUUAAAUUAUUCUAAUGAUAUUUUGUAAAUCUUACUUACUUCACUGUUUGUUUUUAAGCAAGUCCUGUUCAAAAUAAUGUUAAUUGAUGUGGCUAAUCACUCAAUGAAAUUUUCAUUAAAUUGUGUAGUGUCUCUGUUUUUUAAAAAAAGUUAUUAA